AUGGCUUCUGAAAUACCGACUUCAUCAGCUACUAAAGCUGACAGCAAUGUGGAGAAGAAAGUUGAGGAAAUUACUGAAGGAUUGAAAAAGACUUACUUGGAUGAGGAGACUGGAGAACAGGUGUCGAAAUCUGAAUUGAAGAAGAGAAAGAAGAUGAGGGCUGUUGCUGCAAAGAAGGCGGCAAAGAAGGCCAAAACUAAAUCCACUGCUCCAAAAGUUCCUAAGAACAAGGAUGAGUUGGCCAACUUGAACCCUAAUCAGUACUUUGAAAUUAGAAGUGCUCGUGUGGAUGCUCUUAGAAAACCGCAUAGUGAGACUAACCCUUAUCCUCACAAGUUUAGCGUUUCCAUUCAGCUCGAUGAUUUUAGAGAGAAAUACGGUUCAUUGAAAAAGGGAGAGACUUUGCAAGAUGUCGAAGUUUCUAUUGCGGGAAGAAUCAUGGUGAAGAGAGAAUCUGGUUCCAAGUUAAAGUUCUACAGUCUUUCCAGUGAUGGUAACACUUUGCAGGUGAUGGCUCAGGCACAGGAUGCUGUGGAUGAUUUCCAAGAAAGUCAUAAGGAGUUAAGAAGAGGUGAUAUCAUCGGUGUUGUUGGAUACCCGGGAAGAACUAACCCUGCCAAAGGUGGUGAAGGUGAGAUCUCCGUGUUCGCCAAACAGGUCAAACUCUUAACGCCAUGUUUACAUAUGUUACCAACAGAGCACUAUGGUUUCAAGGAUCAGGAGGCCAGAUACAGAAAAAGGUACUUGGAUUUGAUCAUGAACAAGUCCAAGAGAGACAUCUUCAUUACCAGAUCGAAGAUCAUUCAAUAUAUAAGAAGGUUCUUGGACUCCAGGAGAUAUAUUGAAGUCGAAACUCCUAUUUUAAAUAUCAUUGCUGGUGGCGCCACCGCCAAGCCUUUUGUUACUCACCACAAUGACUUGGAUAUGGAUAUGUACAUGAGAAUUGCUCCUGAGUUGUUCUUGAAGGAAUUGGUUGUCGGUGGUAUGGACAGAGUGUAUGAGAUUGGUAGACAAUUCAGAAACGAGAGUAUUGAUAUGACCCACAAUCCUGAGUUUACCACCUGCGAAUUUUACCAGGCUUACGCUGAUGUUUAUGACUUGAUGGACAUGACUGAGAUACUUUUCUCUGAGAUGGUCAAGACAAUCUGUGGUGAUUACAAGAUUGAUUACCAACCGGAUGGCCCCGAAGGAAAAUCUUGGACCAUUGAUUUUUCCAGACCUUGGAAGAGAGUCAACAUGAUGGAAGAAUUGGAGAGAAUAUAUGGAGCCAAAUUCCCACCUGCUGAUCAGCUUGGUACUGAGGAGACCACUAAGUUCUUGAAGAAGGUUCUUAUAGAUCAUAAGAUGGACUGUCCUCCACCUUUAACCAAUGCCAGAAUGUUGGACAAGUUGGUCGGUGCUAUCGAGGAUAGCAGUAUCAAUCCAACAUUCAUCUUCGGUCACCCACAAAUUAUGUCUCCAUUGGCUAAGUACGACAGAAAGAUUCGUGGUUUGUGUGAAAGAUUCGAAGUCUUUGUUGGUACCAAGGAAAUCUGUAACGCCUAUACCGAGUUGAAUGAUCCAUUUGAUCAGAGGGCUAGAUUCGAGGAGCAAGCCAAACAGAAAGACCAAGGUGAUGACGAGGCUCAGCUUAUUGAUGAGACCUUCUGUGAUGCAUUGGAGUACGGUUUGCCUCCAACUGGUGGUUGGGGUUGUGGUAUUGACAGAAUUUGUAUGUUCUUGACCAACAGUAACACUAUCAGAGAAGUUCUUUUGUUCCCUACUUUGAAGCCAGAUGCUCUUGCCAAGGGUGAGAAGGAUGAAUGA